CCAGACAGGCCGCUCACUCCACGUCUCGGGGUCUGAAGGCUGAAACGGGGAAUUUUCAUUCCAGGACUGCCUGAAGACGACGAGCGGCACCUGCGCAGGACGGCGCGAUCACAAGUGCUUGGUGGUCUGAGCGCAGACCAUGGAAGACACCAGAUCAGGACUGUCGGAUUGCAUUGGUGCAGACAUGGCCGAGAGGGUCCUGCUCCUGCUCCUGAUAACGGCUUUGGGGGCUUUCUUCUGCCGGAAGGUGCACCUGAAGGUUCGGCUCCUGUGCCUUUCGAGACUCGCCAAGGGCACCUCAGAAAAGCCCCAGUUGAUCUGCAAACCUUCGGCCCUGGCCAGCUACCUGCUGCUGCACUGUGCCUCCCUAGGAGAGCCGAGCACCCCGAAGUGGCCCUGGGGAGACCCCCACGUGCAGACCCUCGCCAGCCUGGCAUGGCCCCUCGGCCAAGUUGAAAGGAUCGAUUUUGCUCGUGAUCAUAUCCAGAUGAAGGAUGGCGGAGUUGUGGCACUGGACUGGGCGGUUGGCAUUACGGGCAUUCGCGAACGGAACUGGAAAGCGGCACCCCCCUUCUCCUCGCCCCCGGUGAUGCUCAUCAUUCCCAACUCCUGGGGUCAGGUCACGGGCUACGUCCUGGGGCUGUGCAGGCUGGCCCUCGAGCAAGGCUUCUACCCGGUGCUCUUCCAAAGAAGAGGCCAAAGCGGCUGCCCUCUGGUCACGCCUAAGUUCCAGCAGUUUGGAGACCCCUCGGACCUGAUCGAAGCGGUCUCGUACAUCCGCUACCGCUACCCUGGGGCCGCCCUGGUGGCCGUGAGUGAAGGCUCUGGCUCCGGGCUGCUGCUCUCUUACUUGGGCGAGUGCGGCUCGUCCUCCUACCUGACGUGCGCCGCCUGCGUUUCGCCGGUGUUCCGAGGGCAGCAGUGGUUCGAGUCGCGGCUGCAUUGGCUCUACCGGUGGGCGCUGCUCUUCUGCCACAAACUCCCUGUCAGCAGGUACGCCACAGCACUCAGUCAAGUUCUGGAUGUUGAUCGUCUGCUAAGUUGCUCUUCCCUCCAGCAGUUUGAAGAAAUCUUGUUCUGUGGUCACAGCUCAGAAAAUGUGCCCAAACUAAACUGGGAGAGCUACUGGGAGAAAAACGAGCCCCUUCGAGAUGCAGACGAGGUGGCCGUGCCAGUGUUGUGCCUGUGCAGCUGGGACGAUCCCAUCAGAGGCGAUCCUGCACUGUCGGUGCCCUUUGAGCUGUUCGAGAGCAGCCCUUACUUUUUCUUGGUGCUGACACGCAUGGGUGGACACUGUGGAUUUUCGCCAGAUAGCAACGGGUCAGUGCAAUGCUGGAGCCAAGCGCUGCUUUUGGAAUAUUUCCGCGGAGUGGCCGAAUUCUUGAGAAUGGAGGAGAGACGGCCACUGAGCUCUGGGUCCCCUCGAAGGAGGACAGCCACCUUGUUGCCACGCCGGCGCAGAGGCACAGUGCAGCAAAGAGACCCACCUCUUCGUCGGGCACUGCCAGUAUCCUUCAGCUCAGAGGAUCUGUUCAGCUGGCAGAGGUCAUACACACGCUGAGCAGGUCAGCAAGCUGCACCUCUUAUGUGAAUUUGGAUGUGGACGUAAAGUUCCUUCUUGUUAAACCUCUGGCACUGAGCAGAAACAUGAGCUUCGAAUGGCCGGUGGUGUGGCAGCAGAGAUGCAGUGCUGGAGGGGACAGCUUCCUGGGGGUGAACUUAAAUAGAACGGUGAAAAGGGUUAGUCGCUCGGCGCCUUAAGGAGUUCACUUUCCACCAAGCUUCCUGCUGGCAUGCAGGGCUCAUAUGCCACUGAACCCUGAAUGACUUGCCAACCUGCGGGUCGUGCCUAUGCGGACGGAGAGUCAAACAGCAGGUUUACAACAAAGUGUGCCCCCUGUAGGAGCUGUUCUCAUGGUGAAGGAAGGGGCAGUAAUGUGUACUUUAUAUAAUUACACUCUUUGCAUUGGAAAGAAACUGCCAAAGCCAAAAGUACAAAUUAAAAUACAUAAGACAGGUCACAGGUUCACUUUGAAUUCUUAAUAUUAAACACGGACUACAGAUUGAGCGCCUGGUCCUCUCAUCAGCAUAGGCCGAGCAGCCAAUGUUAACCGCAGCUCUACUCGAGUGUCCUGGCACUGAAAUGAAACGAUGGACGUGAGCGUCAGUGGAGGGCGUUCAGCAUUAAAUGGCGAGCACUUAACUGUAAAUAAGAACAGCAACCUGCUGGGGGGGACUGCGGCAUUUCUAUUAUAUAGCCCACCGCCCACCUAAGGGAACAAAAGUAACUGGGCGCUUUAACGUUACCUUAAAGGACCCACGUUGUUAGAAAUCCUUUGCAGUCGGUCAGGGCUGGCAUGAUGAACAAUGCCACCCCAGGUCCAUAGUAGGCCUGAAUCAACACAUGUCAUCCACAAACGCUUAUCCUGCAUGGCCUCUCUGUGAAGCCACCUGCCCUUUCGGAUGACACACACACACUGGCACCGUAUCACACUGACAUUGGCACGAGCGCCUUAAUAUCAGUCCAUUAAUGAACAAAAUGGCCAUCCAUUUAUAUACAGUACGGUUUGUAUAAAAGAGCACAAGUAUCAGGCACCGACCUGUCGCAUUUAUAUACACAAGUGCCAUUCUGACGCUCAGCGCGGUCAAAUGGUGCAAACUGCAGAUGUGAGAUAUCUGAAACUUUUUUUAAAAAGAGAAAUAUUUGUAUUUCUUACUUAAAUACUUAAAGGCAGUACAUAAACUUGUCAUUUGAUAUACACAUCACUCUUCCAGCAGGUAUACUCUGAAGGUAUUUUUAAGAGGGCAGAUUAUUUCAUAUUUUU